AUGGGUGCUGAAAAGAUCAUAUGCGCUAUUGUCACCUGUGUCUUUGCUACAGUGUGUUCAGUUGUAGGAGCGAUUACUGGUGGGGUAAUUGGAUUGGCUACUGAGAGUGGGCUUUUUCGAGGGGCCGGAAUCGGGGCGAUCUCUGGUGCUGUUUUCUCUAUUGAAGUCGUUGAAUCUUCUCUUGCCCUUUGGCAUUCGAAUGAUUCUGGUAUAUGGAGCAUCCUCUAUGUGAUUGACAUCCUCGCUAGCCUUUUGAGUGGGAGGCUUGUCAGAGAGAAGGUUGGCCCUGCGGUUCAGAGCGCAGUGCAGAGUCAGAUGAGUGCUGUUGAUGCUCCCUUCAAUGAGGUUCUUGAUAUUUUUGAGACCGGCGGCACUGGAGGCAUGUCGAAGGAUUCCGUUAAUAAGCUUGAAAAGAGUAAGAUUUCGAAGCAGAACAAUGGUGAUGACUUUGGAGAGAAAAUUUGCUAUCUGUUUGCCUUCAGGGAGCCCACACAUAUGGUGGCUGACUUCCAAACUGGGGAAACGGCAAGGUGCUUGCCUCACUGUCGGCAUAUGUUUCACUUGCAGUGCAUUGACAGUUGGCUUAUCAGGCAUGGCUCUUGCCCGCUUUGUAGGCGAGAUAUCUAAAUCUCCUCCUCCUUUUUUUUGCGAGAGGAUUCAGUUGCGUAUGCUGAUGUUUCUUAGUUCUUCCCUUUCCUUUUUCAAUUCUUUUAUGUAGUUUUUCUUCAAUGAGCCCCAUUUUGUGUGGCUAUAUUUUUGUGUAUUAUGAUGUAAAGAUCUAUUCUCCCUUGGACAUAUAAUAGUACCUCAUGGAGCACCUAACCUUCUUUUAUUUUCAUGAGGUUUUUGUUUGGUUGA